AUGCAUACAGAGAGACGCACAAACUUCCGGUUUCUGGCUGCUCACUCUGACUUUUACACGACUGUUUGUGAUUAUUGGUUAUUGCAGACGGCUUUACAUACAUUACAGCUCAUGCACACAGGCAAGCCUAGCUGUGGAACCUGCAAUGUGUCUGACCAAAGUUGUGUUUGUGUCCGAGUGGUCUCGAACCCGACUGUCCCGGCGAAAACGAAUGAUCCGAUCGGUACAUCAACCUCCCCUCACGGCGCCCCCGAAUGUCUUCCCCUCGUUUCGGCAAACCUAAACUUCCUCGGCCACCACCACCGCCGCCACCAACAUCAAUUCUCCCCGAGGUCGGGGUACCGUGAGUCCUUGCUCCCACCGCCUCUCAUCAUCGCCACCGUCCAGCGAUUGAGUAUCAGUCGAGGAAGCCACGCCGGAACGGUGUUCCGAUCGCCAGUUCCAUGGCCUCGCCCCCUUUCAGUCGUCAUCAUUAGCCUUUUUUCGCCGACCUCUGGACCUACCUUGCCAACCGCGGAGCAGAACGGCUCAAGUAUUUCUCCUCCCCCUCCUCCUCCUCCUCUUCUUUAUCACGUACUCACUCGACGAAUGCACUAG